CACUUCGACAAUCACCAGGCAAAUUGCUUGGGAAGUGUACAACAUCAAGACCAACGCCAUUAUGGCCAUAUUCGAGACGAAGAAGUUCAGGCCGUCAUCAUACGACUCCUCCACGGCCGCAAAGUACCGCAGAGCCCUGGCAAAGCACCCCUUCGCCCUCUUUGGUCUCCCCUUCAUCGCGACCAUGGUCCUGGGCUCCUUCUUCCUCACACCCGCCACGGCAAUGCGAUACGAGAGAUUCGAUCGGAAGGUGAAGCAAAUUUCGCAAGAAGAGGCGUUGGGCAUGACCAAGAACAAGCGCAAGAUUGAUUUGAAGGAGGAAUACUACAAACUCGCUGCCAAAGAUCUCGACGACUGGGAACAGAAGCGCGUAAAGCGCUUGCCUGGCGAACACGAUGGCAUUUUGUGAUACAACGUGAUCUACACAAGUGUUUGAAAACUAGCAGGGUGUUUGGGCGUUGCAGGGAUACCACGGGAUGGGACUUGUUGUGAUCGAAUCUCUGGCUUUCAAUUGCUAAAAAUUCAAAUAUGCAUACA